CAGCCCCCGCCCACCGUCAGCCGCCAAGUAAGGAUAAACGGGGAAUCCCUGACGGCGGCUACAAUAACAGUGAAGAGAACAGCAGCUUCAUCAGGAGCUAUUACAUAGGGACGGCGAGAGGUGCUGCUUUAACUUCCACCGCUAAUCAAAGUUGUUCUUCUGUAAAAACGCAGCGCACAUCACCAAUUUCAUCCUCAGUCUCAGGUGUAGGGGUAGACGUAGUUAGGUUUUCCUCCAGUAACGACCACUCGGCUAGGUUACCGUCUAAAAAAGACACAGCAGAGUACGCAUCAUGUGAAUCUAUAGUCUCAGGCAAAGGACGAGUGUCAGUCUUGAAGAAGUCGUCGCAGAGUUCUUUAAACUCAAUCCUGUCAUCGAAUUCUUGCCUCAAGAAUUCUGCUAUUGCUGAACCGCGAUCUUCCAUGUCCAGGAAAGAAAGACAUGGCGUUUCGUUUGCUGUUCCCUAUCGGGAUGUUGAGAUUCAGGCGUGGGAACCUAGUGGAUCUGUUCAAAGUCAGCAAGAUUCUCAACCGUGUCUUGAAGAUCAACCAGUUGAAAGUGAAUCAAUUCCCAAAACAUGUACAAUUGGGACCUCUACCUAUCUAGAGGAUACCUCUUGUGACCAUUUCAGUAACAUGGACGAGUUUGGCAUCAUCGUAGGAGCUAGUAGUCAUAGUAGCCUACUUAGUGGCACCUACAGUUAUGACCCAGUCUUCAGCACUGACGAUGAUGCGAGUACUACCAAGAAAAGCAGUCCAAUGCAACUACCAAAAAAUCUCGAAGUAGACCCAUGGAGAGUUGAUAACUUGGGUUCCUUUCCGCUGGAACAGUCAUCAUCAAACAUUUUGGUUCGGAAGGAUACGCCUCCACCUAAGCCCGUUAUUCCUCGCAAUAACGAGAAAGAUUUAAGAGAGUUCAUCAGGAGACGUCAUACUAGCAACCUGUCUAUGUCUACACAAACUUUGAGAAAGUCAGGAGGAAUCUCGAGCGAGAACCUUGUGUCCAAGUGGGACUCGAACGAAGCCAAUCUAAGUUCCUUUGAUCAAAAUGUUCCUCUUUUGUACAACGAUGACAAGGAGGUGAGAUACGAGAACAUUGCAACGAUUUCAGCCUCGAUUAGAGACAAAAGUAAAACCACUGACGAUAUGGUACUGAACCUCAUCAAGAAGAUCAAAUCUCCUGAUGAGUCGACGUACCUAUAGUAUAACACUUUUUCAAACUGUACAAUCAGCCAUUCACUUCCUGAAUAAAGUACUGGUACUAUACUAUUGAACAAUCAAACCGUAGUUAAAAGCUAUUUUCAUAUCCCUAAGUUCUGGAGAGAAAUAUUGUAGUCUAGAAUAGAUAAGGGACUGAGGAUGAAUUGUGUAAGCCGCGUCUUACAGAAAGAUAUCGACUUGAUUUUUGGUGGUAGUUAAGCUGCACCUCGUAACCCGAGUCCAAGCUUAAAAGUUGUUAUCAACUCUGAACUCAUAAAGUAGAAUAGAAAUAGUUAAGACAGGUUGUUACGGUCGACAGCUGGUCAACGACAAAACUUAUCCUAUCGCUGCUUACAUUUUCGUCC